AUGGCGGCGCCCAUGGAGGUGGUGCUGGUGUCGGACGCCGCCGGGCCGCUGUGCAACUGCUCGGUGUGGGAGCUGCACUCGGGCUCUGCCCUGCCCGGCUACCGCGGCGGCAACAGCGGCCCGCGCGGGCUGGCGCUGCUGGGUGGCGAGCACUUGCUGGGGGCGCAGCUCGGCAAGAGCUACAUUAACGUCUGGGAGCUCCAGAGGAAGGACCAGCUCCAGCAGAAGAUCAUCUGCCCUGGGCCAGUGACAUGCCUGACAGCUUCCCCCAACGGGCUCUACAUCUUGGCUGGAGUUGCUGAGAGCAUCUACCUGUGGGAGGUCUCCAAUGGGAACCUCCUUGCCAUCCUGAACCGACACUACCAGGACCUCACCUGCCUCUGCUUCACUGAUGACAGCAGCCACUUUCUCUCAGGGGCAAAGGACUGUCUGGCCUUGGUGUGGAACCUUUACAGCGUGCUGCAGGCAGAGCCCUCCCAGAUCCCUGACCCUCGCCACGUGUGGUCCCGACACAGCCUCCCCAUCACAGACCUGUGCUGUGGCUUCGGAGGGCCCUUGGCACGAGCUGCCACAGCCUCCCUUGACCAGACAGCCAAGCUCUGGGAAGUCUCAUCUGGGGAGCUGCUGCUUUCUGUCCUCUUCGACGUGGGGAUCAUGGCUGUGACUCUGGACCUCUCUGAGUACCACAUGUUCUGUGGUGGCAUGGAUGGAUCCAUCUUCCAGGUUGACCUCUGUGCCUGGCCAGUCCAGAGAGACAGGACGUUCCAGACAGAGCGAGAGAACGGGAAGAUCUUCAAAGGGCACAGGAACCAGGUGACGUGUCUGUCUGUGUCCACGGAUGGCAGCCUCCUGCUCUCCGGCUCCCACGACGAAACAGUCCGGCUGUGGGACAUCCAGAGCAAGCAGUGCCUCAAGACAAUGAAUCAUAAAGGUCCAGUCACAAAUGCCUUCAUAGUGCUGGCCCCAGCCAACAUGUUCAACCCUGAUGGGAAACCCAGUGUGCCCCUGCCCAAGUUCAGCAGGCACCUGCAUGGCACCGAGAGCAGCGAUGAGCAGGGCAGCGAGGGCGUGACGCUGCGCCUGGGGCUGCACCAGCAGGACUCUGGGGAGAGCUACCUGGAGAAGGCUGAGAAGAUGUACUCACAGAUGUACUCGACAAGGGAGAAGAACCUGAUGGGAGACCAGGAGCAUCUGACCAUCCAGGUGAGCGAGCUGGAGGAGGAGGUGAGCACCCUCCGGAAAAUCAACAAGAACCUCUUUGACUUCUCUGCUCGUAUCAUCACCAAACCAACCAAAUGAAGAGGCACCCCCUACCCUCACAGCCCUCUGCCUCUCCCUGCCCAGGCUCCUGGGGCUGUGCCAGCCCACCCGUGGGCACCUGCAGACUGUGCAGCCCGUGGCACACGCCGCAGCGUCUACCCCCUGGCUCUAGGGGUCCUGCCGUGCUCAGGGACCGACGGGAGCUCCGUGGAGGGGGGCGAUGCUCGACACAGGGACCGUUUCCAACCCCCCCAACACACACACACAUACACACACACACACAACCCCGAUUUGCUGCCGGGUGCCAGCGGGGGCAGAGUGGAGCCAGGGCUGCGGGGGGGAGGGAGGAGCAUCGCCGGCGCUGAGGGAGGGGUUUCAGGACACAGCUCCGACUCUUUCCCAGUCUCUUCCCUUGGGCUCUUUUUUUGUGUUGCUUUUCGUUCCUUACCCCUGCGGUGCAGACAGAAAAGCUGGGGUUUCUCUUCGUACCUGUUGGAGAUUGGAUGUUGGAGCCUCCCUUUGUGCCCAUCCCACCUUGGGAAGCGCUGCUCACCGUCGCCCCUCACAGACAGGAUCCUGCUGGGGGCUUGGCUGGGGUCGGUGCAAGCUGGGCAGCUCGUGGAAGGGGGGGCUGCCCGGGACGAGGAGGGGUCCCUGAGCUACUAAAGCUGAAGACAGGAGCUCUCCACACACACACACACACACACUCUGCCCCAUCCCUCCAUCCUGCUGCUCCGGAGGGCAGGGGGCCGUGGCUGUGGGCUCAGCCUGUGGUGGGCUGA